AUGGAAUCCCCCCCUUUAUCCCCCUUUACCCCUCACUCCCCACAUACUCCCCUAUUCCCCCCAUCUCCCCCCGUUGCUGUGUGUCCCCACCGACCCCUUUCCCCCCUUAUUCCCCCGCAGCUCGUGGGGCUGCUGCUGAUCGCGGUGGCCGCGUGGGGUCGCGCCGUGGGCGUCGUGUCGUGGGUUCCGCUGGUCGGGGGCGUUUUGGCCGUGGGGGUUUUGCUGCUGCUCAUCGCGGCCGUGGGGCUGGUGGGGGCCGCGCAUCAUCACCAGGUGCUGCUGUUCUUUUACAUGGUGGUUCUGGGGCUGCUGUUCCUGGUGCAGUUCAGUGUCUCCUGCUCCUGUUUGGCCUUGGACCGAGGGCGGCAGGAGCAGCUCUUUGUGGCCACGUGGCCGCUGCUCAGUAACGGGACCCGCUGGGGGCUGGAGCAGCGCCUGGAUUGUUGUGGGGCCCGGAACAGCAGCGACAGCCCCAUAAACAGCCCCAUAAACAGCCCAUUAAAUCACCCCUUGUAG